CGUGCGGCACAGUUGGUGUUACAGUGAAAGCGAUUCGCUGUGAACUUCGGGCCCGCAGCCUGUGCCGUUCGUUAUUGUUCAUUAUCAUUCGCAAUUACUUAACAAUUAUCGAUUAUUACGACUCUCGCUGAUCAACAAGGCCUGUUUGACGACGUUCGUUGCGUUGGUGGUUUAUACACAUUUAACGGGAGCAAAUCUCGAGGAAGGUUCCAACACGCAGCCCGCUGCUGUGUCACUCGAUAUCACAACAAUCAAUAAUUACUAUAUCGAUUUAAUUGCCCAUAAUUAGGCAAUGGAGGGCGAGCCGAGGAUGACCCCGCUGUACGACCAGGCGCUGCUGGGCGUGCUGCAGCACGAGGAGAACAUCGAGGCGUUCCUGGACGUCAUCUUCGGCUUUCUCUACCGCCGCACCGACUUCUAUCGCCUCAUGCUGACCCAGGGCGACCGCCUCGGAUUCCCGCCCGGCGUGGCCGAACGCAUCGCCCAGCGGGCGUUCUUCAAGUUCCAGCGGUUGGCUGACAAGGACCACAAGCGGCGGUUGCAGAGUCUGCAGGAGAAGCUGGACCACAAGCUGGAGGUGGAGGCCGUGCAUGAGGUCGAGGUGUCGGGCGACCUGUCGGACAUGGUCGCACAUGUGGAGGAGGUGGAGAUCGUAUCGGAGGAACCUGGCUCCCAGCAUUCCCAGGAAGCAGAUGGCGAUCAAGCAUUAGAUGUCGGAGCAGAGCUGCCAGAAGCUGCCAUGCACUCGGAGGCUGGAAAUCCUCCGUGCCAUCCAGUGAGUGCCGCGCUGACACCUGUGGAGGCUGAGAAGACGGAAAAGGCUGAGAAGACGGAUAAGGCACUGGAAAAGAAAGCUCAGCUCUCCUUCCAAGACAGCCCCGACAGCUACAAUGGAGCUGUACGGGAAAAUUACGUCUGGUCGCAGGACUUCACCGACCUGGAGAUAAAGGUGUUUGUGCCGAAAACUGUUGUCAGGGGCAAACAGGUUUCGAUUGACAUUCAAAAGAACUCGCUGCGUGUGGCCAUCCGGGAACAAGCAGAAGAGGUGGUGCUGAUGGAGGGGAAAUUAACACACAACAUCAAUAUAGAAAGCUCCAUGUGGAGUCUGGAGCCGGGAAAAUGCAUACAGGUGAACCUGAGCAAAGUGGGUGAGUAUUGGUGGAACGCAGUGCUGGAGGGUGAGGAGCCAAUAGACAUCGACCGCAUUAACAAGGAGCGCUCCAUGGCAACGGUGGACGAGGAGGAGCACGCCGUGCUGGACCGCCUCACCUUCGACUACCAUCAGAAAAUGCACGGGAGGCCACAGAGCCAUGAGAUGAAAGUGCAUGAGAUGCUGAAAAAGGGCUGGGAUGCAGAAGGCUCUCCCUUCAAAGGCCAAAAGUUCGAGCCAGGAAUGUUCAAUGUCCCCCCCGAUGCCGUGCAGUUCUGAACAUGGGCAAGCACAAGACCCGUGCCACAGCGGCGGAUAUGGCGGCACUUCAUGCCCAUUGAAGCCAGCAUAGACACUUGGACCUGAGGGUGGACACACGGGAGCCUAAGGUGGACAGAUGGAGCCAAGGGUGGACUUGGUUGCCUAUUUGAUAUUUUAGGUGGCGUGGGCUAGCAAAAACUCAAUGAAACGACCCUUCUUCAAGAGAUGUUGGCUGCCAUUUGGAUGUAUGGCGUACGUUACAAAAUAGGAAUAUAGUUAAUUAAAUGCCGCUGAUGUUUAGCUCAAUUUCCUGUGAAUAUGAAAUAUGCUGCAGAUCGUUUCUUUAUCUUGAUGUUCGUGUAAAAAACAACGUUUUAAAUCGAUGUAUAUGGGAGAAUAGAUUUGUGGUAACAAAAAAUGUAGAGGGACAUGAUGGGGGUGAUUAACGAUACUGUGGUUAGUGCACUGCAUUAUCAAUCCGGCAACUUGAGUCAAUUUACUGGGCACAGCUAACAUCGGUGCUGAGUGAUAUCUGAACAGGUCAUGGGCCCCUGCUCAACAACCAGCACUGACCAAUAUAGUGAAGUUUGUUUGGUCUAACAUCUCCCAUGAUUGACAUGGCAUGGGAGUCCUUGAUCCAUCAGUGAAUUGAUGAAGUGCUUGGUGUUAUAGAGUAUUUUUUUAAACCAAUAGGAAUUAUCAUCCUGUGUAACGUAACCAGAUUGACAUUGGCAGUUUAUUCGUUUGUCUUUCGAUUCCAGUGCAAAUCCUACCAUUUUUGCAUCUUCAACUGAAACGCAGAAUGUUCUCUGACAGAGUUUGUCCCACAUUUCACAUUCAUGUUGUGUUGGGGAGACCAGGCACGUCCCUCCCAAAUGCUUCUCUGCAACAUUGUACGUGACACAACUUGAAACGUACAGCUUAACAUCCCUUCCUCCACUUUUGUGGCGCUUCAUUGUCUGAGGCUCUCCUGGGAGAGAUGUGUGGGAGAGGCAGCAUAUUAGCUGCCUUAUUUCGUAGCUUGAGUGAGGAAAAUGCUUUGGAUUUCAGUCACCGGUAAGGUUGUACUGCAUGCAAUGGAAGGAAACUGGAAAAAAAACUACUAAUUUUGAGUGUGGCCCUAGGUUUAUGGUUUUAUUCAUCAGCUAUAUGAGUGAGUGGGCUUUGGUUGUGUUGUAUCUGUGAGCCGAAGUUACUCAUAAAUGUUUUUUCGUGCAUGUGGGUAAGUACCUGCAUUAAAAAAAGUUGUAUGUUUUUUAUUAAACAUGCUCAUCAGAAUAUGGGGUUAGGUUUUAAUAGUAAAAUUAAAUUGGUGAUAGAAUACAUAAUUGUCAAUGUUUUAUAGGGAAAAAGCUGAUGCUUGCACCGAAAAUAAUAUAUUUGAUAAACAAAAACAAUUGCGAAAAAACGGUUUCAAAAGGAUCACCAUGGCCAGCAUAAACCAGUGGAUAAAUAGGAAAACUUGAUUUGUAACCUCCAGGGAAGAGAAGCAGAGGAAAGGGAAGGAAGAGAGUGGUUGUAGGCAACCAUGCUGGAGAACAGAAAAUGAUUAUUUCUCCUGUGUCAGGUAAUUUUACACCGUUUAAAUUUUUUAUAAGCCAUUUUCCACCAGACCUAAAUGCUAAUGUAGCGAUGAAACAGCUCUAUAUAAACGGAAUGGCGCUGUUAUAAAUUCUAAUUGGCCAAAGGUUUUCACUCAUGGCAUAAUUCAUGAUUUUAGUUUUCGAAAAAGGUGAGGUAUCUUAGAUUAUUGUAACAUCCUUACAAAGAGAAAUACACAGAUUAUGUGGGGUUUCUGUUUGCUCCACUCAUCUUUAUUUUCCCGGAAACAACUGAAAUAAAAAUGUGUUGCGUCUAAACCCACCAGAUCUUACGAUGCUUUCCAAAAGCAUGGGAAGAAGGUGGCGGGUGGGUGAAUGAAGUUUAAGUUUCAAGUUUAUUUUGUUCAAGUAGGUAAAAACUCAAGAAACCAGGUUAGUCUCAUUUGCAAGCGUCACCUGGGUCACCAAAACGACAAAAGCUAAAUAAUCUCAUUAAGAAUAAAAAAUAUUGCAGACGUAUAGCAAUGAUAAAUCAAAGCUAAAUAUGAAAUAAACCGCAGCUCAAAUCGACUCGGAUUAUCUCAAGGAUUGGAGGGGGGUGGGGGUCAAGGCAAGUAACCAUGGGAGAGAGUCGAGAUGUCAACGCCACGACAUAGCCCGGGGUCGAGCAAACGCAGCAACCACAUGGGCAGCCAGGGCAGCUUCAGAAAAUGCGGAGACCCAUGAUCAUUGAGUCUGCAUGGACCGCGUGUACCAUGAACAAUGGGUAAUGGGGGCGGUCUGCCUAGAAUCGAUAGCCCUUGAGCAUUAGCCCAAGAAUAACAACUUUACCACCCACGGUGGCAAAUGAUUUUAUUGAAGCAUAUCUCUAGAUCACAAAUACAUGGCAAGGUCGCCGUGGUAGCAGUUUAUGAGAACAAUUUCGUUGAAGUGAAUCCCAUUAUAUUUCACUACCAAUUUGGGAAUACAGUCAUGUAAUACAACACUUCUACGGAAUAUGGAAAUAAAUUGGAAGUUUGCGUUUAUAAAACCGAUGGGACACGCCAAGGGUUCUGCUCGUGUUGAAUAACGUCACGGGAAGACAUCUCGCAGCACUAAAAUAGGAAAUAAUUACACGUAAAUGCAUUUAAUUGAGUCGUGUAUUUUUAAGCAGCUCACUCAAAACCGAGACUUAAUGUCCCUGGAAAAUGCACGAUUCCCAGAACAGCUACCUCGUGAAGAGGAAGAUCCGGGACAGGUUGGGAGGCCUCGUUGAGGAGCGACCACACGCCGUAUGGACCUGGACACUCAAUCUCCCUGUACAAGAAUACGGCUAAACCGUUUGAGUUGACAGGUUUGUAAUGUUCUUGGUUCUUUCGGUAAAGUCACGUAGAAUGGAAAUAGUAAAAAUUAAACGUAAUAAAAUUACUUUAUUAUUACAUAAUAAAAUAAUAAAAAUAAAGCAUAAUAAAAUAAUUUUAUGUAAUAAUAAAAUAAAUUGAUUAUGUUAUAAUAAAAUAAUUUUAUUAUGUUUUUUUUUAUUACUUUGUUAUUUCCAUUCUACGUGACUUUACCGAAAGAACCAAGAAGAUGAAUCCCUGCAGUCACGAAAGCUUUAAAUCGAAAGGUAUGUAAUAGUGAUUAGUGCCCUCGUGAAUUGUGACCGUCCUUGCCUCCCUCCAAAUAUCCCUUUUAUGCAAUCGGUGCUUUAGCACCUCACAUCUUAUUUUCAUAAUCAAUACAGUUCAGUUUCGGUACAAGUGUUCCAGUUGUGUGGAUUAGUCUUAUGCAAAAGAUUGUAGAAGAAAAACCUUCACAGUUUCACUGCUUUUUAGUGUCUUGUGUGAAUGACCCCUUUUGCGGAGUUUGAAUACAAUUAUUAUUUUGCAUUCGUGAGAUGUUUUUUUUCUAAAUUCCAUGAAUAACUUUAGUGGAAUCCUCUAAAGUGUUUGACUGCAAUACAUGGUAAAAGGUUGAACAAGAGAAAGUGAAUCUAAUAGUUAUUGAAAUUGCGUAAGAUUCACUUUCUAGUGGCUAUAACAAAUACUUAGCAUAAAUAGGCUGAUUGCUAUCGAGGCUACUUUAUCAAGUUCGCAUCUCGGAUAUCCACUAGAGAUUUGCAAAACUGCAACCGUCAAAGGCUGUGGGUUGGACAGGAUUAGAGUCGGAGGGUGCCGACAUUUCACAUUAGAAGACGCCCACGAGGGAGGUGCAAAACAAGCCGUUUUGGGUAAUGUGCUUCAUCAGGGAAGCCAUUUCACCGUCACUACGAUACCAUAUUAAUCGCAAUUACAUCUAGUUAUUCCUGUGGGGGUAAUGGUUAGUACACGGCGCUUGAAUUUAGAGGUUGCUGGCUUCAUCUCUCAGCGUGACAGCUGAAACAAUGAAGCAGGUUUUUACCCCCCCCCCCCUACACCUCUGUUCACUCAGUAUAAAUGUGUGGUAGGACAAAGUGUGGAUACUCCCAAACUCAUGGCCAUCAUGGAAGAGUAGGCCAACAUACCCCCUAUAGGGCUUGUCGUGGAGGGAGGCUUUUCUGUCGGUGAUGUGGGCAAGAAUUGCAGGGCAGCUCCUUUACCAUAUUAUUGUGAAUCUGUAAAUGAAGGACAAACAUGGUUGUUUUUUUAAUGCAAUUCUCGUUGCCGUCUUCAUCUUUUGUUUUGCUUCUCUGGUAUAUUUACUCUCGCUGUCUGCUAUUCGUGUGCUCUCUCUACGAGUACUCUUUCUGUUCACUGCCCUGUGUUCUAUUUUCACUGCUCUCUCCUCUCACAGUGGUCUAACACUGCUACUUUUCUGCUGGAUAGCUAGUUACGGCUUACUAUUUUAGCUUAAAAUUACACCUGAACACCGUGGUCUGUCAGCCAGCUUAUGGCUUUUCAUGAUUUAAAUUGCAGCUUGACUUGAUGCUUUGAAACAUUAUUUUAAGAUUUGCAAGCCAUAAAUGAAGAUUUGAAUUUGGAUUAGGGGGGCAUGCCCUUUGCGGUAGCAACACAGUUGGCGGAUCACAAACUUCCUUUCGCUUCCACUGACAGAACUGUGAAACACAUUGAGUUUGCGUUCACCUCAUGGAUAUCAGGGCAAUUAAAAUGUUUUAACCAGUAUUUGGUGUCGCACAAACCCAAAUAACAUCAGACAUGAGAGUUGCACCCAUUGUCGAUAUUUCAUCUGAUACAUAUGCAAGAGUAGGGGCGUUUGUUUUUGUGUGUGCAUGUAAUAAAACCAAUAAAACAUGUCAACAUAAAGAGAUACA